UAAACUGAUAGAUAGCUAGGAUAGCUUAGCUAUAACGUUAACCCUUAAUAUGAUAUGACGUCUAACAUUGGCAAGCGCUUUGUUUUCCUUUCUUGGGUGAUGUUGCCAUUUAACUAAACGUAUCCCUCAUCUGUGCGUUAACGUUAGCUAGAUAGCGGCAGACCUGGUAACAUUAGCUAUCUGAUACUGAUUUUGUAGCUAACGUUAACAUUACCAAUGGAAGAUGAGGUUAGCUUGGUUCAUCAAUGUGAGCUUGAACGAUGAUCAAUACAAACAUUAGUUAGGAUAAAUUACACAGCAACUCUCUUGCUAAUCAGCUGUACCUUAAUUAAGUAUUAAGUUUAGGCAUUGGUGCAAACCCCCUUUCUCUGAUACUAGCUGCAAAAUAAAAAAUAAAAGGCAAAACAUUAAGAUAGCCAACGGUAGCUAGAUGGCCAGGUAGCUGACUUUACCAAACUCAUCAACAGAGAUUAUUUCGGAAUGUGCAAGACAGCUAUCCGUAGCUAGCUUCUUAACAUAAUUAAAACUAUCAACUAACAUUGUUGCAUGUUUCAUUUACUCGCUUGCUUGAUGUACAAGCCAACUAAGAGGACUUAAAAUGAGCUAGCUAGCGAUAGACACCGGCUUGCAAGGAUUUAGUAUCUAAUGACGAUGACAAAACGUUGGCAUUUCUAUCUUAGUGUUACUUUGCUAUCUGAUUGGGUUUUAUGGCGUACUGGCAAGUGAACCAUUAGUGGUACAGCCAACUCCAAUGGUGAUUUUGUUAGCUUGUAGCUAUAUAUAUUCAUCAGCAACUUCUUCGAUCCGUCAUGCACAUGACUGAGACAUUGUCAAAUGGCUUAAGCCGAUUUUCUCACUUUAUUUUUAGGGAUGCGAAAGACUCCUAAGGUGAUCAUCCUACUGCACAUGCGUGUCAGGUAGAUUUCCUGCAAGGCGAUGCAGUCUUGCAGUCAGCUGCAGAGUCGUGCACAAUGAAGAAAAUAUUCCAAUUUACCAAAAAGAAGAAAAACUUCUCCCCCAGUGCGUCUGAAACAGCAAGUGUGUUAUCGGUCGGUUAUGAACUGAAGGAGAAAGAUUUGGGAAAGGUGCACAAGGCUGCCGUGGCUGGGGAUGUAUCGAAGUUAAAACAGCUUGCAAAGAAAAAUGAUCUAAACCAGCUCGACAAAGAAAAUAGAACUGCACUUCAUAUUGCUUGUGUCAAUGGCCAUACAGAAGUGGUCCAGUUCCUGGUGGAGACCAAAGUGAAACUUAACCUAUGUGACAAUCAAAACCGGUCCGCCUUGAUGAAGGCGGUGCAGUGCCAGCAGGACCGCUGUGUAGCCCUCCUGCUUGAGCACGAGGCUGAUCCCAAUCUCGUGGACAUCAAUGGGAACACAGCGCUGCACCUGGCAGCACGGAUCCCCUCGCUCUCCGUUGGCGUCCUGCUUCUGGAGCACGAGGCCAACAUCAACGCACAGAAUAAGGAUGGAAACUCUCCGUUGAUUUUGUCUGUGGAGGAGAACCAUCCUGAGAUGACUGAGCUCCUUCUGAAGGAGGGUGGGGAUGUCGACCUCAUUAACCUGGAGCACCGGUCAGCUUUGAUGAUGGCCUCUUGCAAUGGACAAAUCAGUAUGGUUCGACUUCUCUUGCAAUACGAUGCUGAUAUCACAAUCAAGGACGAUAAAGGGUGGACAUCUGAUGACUAUGCAGUAAUGAAUGGACAUCACGCGUGCUCACAUUUGAUCAUCGAGCACGGGACAAAGCGCAAGUUUGUGCACUCUCCGUCCCAACACAACUCCAGUAAGAAGAAAAGAACAUCCAUGCUGGGUAGUGUGUCUGGUGACAUGGAGGCAGGCUUCUCAUUAGGCGGCCCAGCCACUGACAAAGAUGAGCUCCAGCUGUCAGGAGCAAUGGCAGCAGGGAGAGACACUGAAGACAACUCUCACACAGACUCCAUUAGUAGGGCAUCAAAAAGUGGCCCUGCAGACUCCUGGCCAUCUUCAGAUGAAGAUGAUGCAUUGGAUCUUAGUCCAAAGAAACCGCAAAAGGUUAACCUUAAGAAACUCCUGAGUGCCUCGAAGAAAGACAGGACUGAAGUCAGUGGGGCUGAUGUCUCAGAGCAGCCUUCUGGCAGCAAGCGAGCUGGUGAUUCUGCUGGGGAGGAAAGCCUAGAGGAAGAGGAGGAGGAUGAUGAUGACGACGAGGAUGAGGAUGAUGACGAUGAUGAAGAAGAGGAGGACGACGAGGAAGAAGAUGACGAAGAAGAUGGCGAAGAAGAGGACGAGGAAGAUGAAGACGAGGAGGAGGAUGAGGGUGAUGAAGAAGCGGAAGAAGAGGAUGAGGAGGAUGUUGACGGACAGGAAGAGGCAAACAUUGCUACAGGUGGUAUUGAAAAUGUAGCUGUGCCAAAACCGUCUUCACCGGAAGGUGCUGAUUUCAUCCCUUCUCUCCAAAUUGAGAAGGAUGAUGACGAUUUCAGAGACACGACAACAGUGACUACAGAGGAAGCUGCUGAAAGAAUUUCACCUGCUGAAAGAAUGUCACCUGCUGAAAGAAUGUCACCUGCUGAAAGAUUGUCACCUGCUAAAAAAACGUCACCUGCUGAAAGAAUUUCACCUGCUGAAAGAAUUUUACCUGCUGGGAUUGAACAAAAUGAAAAUGAAGACAUGUUGACUGACGGUCAGAAUUGUGGGAUUGCAGGUAAUAUCGAUUUAGAUGAGGAUUGUGUUGUCUCAGCCAUCAGGGUAGAAUCAAGGCUUUCCUUUGAGGACGAAUGUGAAGAGUUUUCAGACCAUGAAGGAUCAAAUCUAGGCUCCCCAGCAGAUAUUACACCAACACGGAGCAUGUGUGGCACACCUCAGAACAAGGGAAGUGACGAAGAAGAAGAGGAUGAUGAUUGGGAAGAUGAUGAAGAAGAUGAUGAACUUUUGAGAAUUGGGAAGAAUGAAGUGAAUCCUGUAAUUUCCCACAUUGACUCUGAUGUCCCUGAUGUGGCAUCUCAGACAGGUGAAGAACCAAGCACAGUGGUUAGACGAGACUCAAAAGAUGUUAAAAACUCCGACGGGGAUGCAGAAAAUGAGGAUGAAAAAGAUUUACAGUGUGAUGAUUUGGAACAAAGGGAUAUAUCAGUAAUUGCAGAUCCCUCAGCAGAAUCAAAAACAAUGUUAGGCUUAGAUAAAUCCAGAUCUCCAGUUGUCUCUUCAAGAGAUGAUGAAGGUGAAAUGUCUGGGGGUUUAGUAAAGGUAAACUUUCUGGCUGCAUUGCUCAAAAAGCGUGAUGAACAUAGUGGGUCUCAGGAGGACAGCUGGGGAGAUGAAGGAGCCACUCCAGCACAUGACGACCAAGGUGACCUUCAGCACAGCCUAGAUGAGGUAUCUAAACCCACAUGUAAUACUGAGCAGAGGCUGGAGGAAGAUGUGGCUGAGGAUGGCUGCAGGUCAAGUCCAAUGAUUCUUCAUAAGCAAUCACCACAACCUACAGAUGCUGUGUCUCCAGUUCUAGAUGAGCCAGAUGGGAAGUCAGUCCAAUGUAGUGAAAGCAUGCCCGUGUCAAUGAUUUCUGAAGAUGUUGAGGACGUUGCUGAGGAUUUUCCUACUGAUGAAAAGGAUGUUCAAGAAAUUGAGGAUCAGGCCUUGCAUGACAAAGGUGACGUUAAGAGUGAGGACUCUGACAGUGAAGUGCAACAAAUGGAGUAUGACUUUGCAAGCGGCACAAUUAAAGUUAUCCAAGAUGCAAGUUAUGAAGAUGAUUCUGACAGUACAUUGGAUGUACAUCCUGAAGAUGUGGAUGAUGACAUGGACAUCACUCCUACAAACCCCAAAUUGUUUGGGCCUAAAGAUGAGUUUGAUAAUGAAAGCUUAAACUCAGAUCCUGAUGAUAAAGCUCCUCGGCCAGACCAUACAGGUCUUGAUACACAGGUGAAGAAAAUAGUUGCCGUGUUUGAAGGAGCAGGAGCAAACAUGAGAACAUUUCAGGCUUUGGACAAGGAUCACGCCCAAACCUCUUCACGAAGAGCUAGUCCUUUUGGGCAAAAUCCAGAGAUACGUAUAUCUGAACUCUCAGCAGCUGAAGCACAGGGUUGUCCUGUAUCUGCUGUUGGUGGGCUAACAGAGCAGGAACCGAUUCCUCAGACAGUCAUUGAUGAUGUUGAAGUUGACGACCUGUUUGAGGACAACAGGCCCCGUGUUGUGGUUGAGGAGGUGGAAGAGCUGGAGGAGAAAAGAAUGAAGUCUGUUGCAGAUGUUAGUUUAUCUGAGGCAGGAUCAAUGCAGGGAAAUGUUUCCAUGGAUGAAGAUGAUGAGGAUGAGGAUGAUGAUGAAGAGGAGGAGGAAGUAGAAGAGGGAGAUGAUGUGAAGUCAAACCCUGAGAAAGAGUCUGAAGCUGGAUGUGGUCCUGACACUUCAGUGAUGGGGAAUGAAGCCUCUCCACAACACCAACAAAGGGAUUUUCUGUCUGAGUUGGGUUUGGAAAAAGGAGAUGGAGAGGAUGAUUCGCCCUGGGACUCGGAGUCUGCCUCCGAGAGUCCAACGAAACGGCACGCCGGCGGUCCCAGCUCUCCUGCCAAGACACACAACACCAUGUCCAAUAUUGCAGAGAAUAGUGAAGACCUGUUAUACGUUCCCUCUUUCAUGAGAGAAUCAAGGAAUAGUAAUCUAAAGACAUGGGGAAGUGUAGGCAGGCCUGCAAGGAAGAGGGAGAAGGAGUCAGGGAGUGGGCACGACAAUGACAACAAGGAAGACAAAUCUGAAGAUCCAGAGGAGCCAGUUUGUCCUCAGCAACCUGAACCUGCAGUGACGAGGAGGGAGCCCAUCUCUGUGCUGAGUAAGCUCAUGGACUCUAAAGGACAAUCAGAGAAAAAGACGGAUCUUAUGGAAGAACUUGGAUUGGGAGAUGUGGAUGACCUAGAAGAAAAACGCAAAUGUCCUACAGAUGGUUCAAGCUGGGACUCGGCUAGCACCGCUAGUAAAGCCAGCCCUUCUUUCCGUCUGGAUGACGAGGCGGGAGAGCGGGACACCGGCUCUAUCCUGGCUCUGCCAGCUCUGCGGGAGCAGGGUCCUGGCCCUCCUAGUCCAGGAGAGGUGCACAGAAGCCUUACACCAGAGAAGAGGAGAGCCUCUCCCUCUGCAGGCCCACCAAUGCCCAGUCCACGGUUAAGUGGUAUCCGCUCUCCCCUUCAGCCCCGGCUUCAUAGUCUGAGGCCAACUUCCCCCAGGCCCGAAAGUAGAGAGGGGUCUGAAUGGGAUUCCGAAAGCUCUGCUGCUGCCAGUCCAGCAAAGACACUGCCAAAAAUUGUUAAAACUGAUACAAUAUUGACACCAGCAUUUCGUGAGCCUUCACCAGUAGAAGAAGGGAUCAGCCAUGCAAAGACUGAAGGAGGUCCUGAGCAGGAUACAGAUGCUUUAAAUGCAUCACAUUUUGGUAUAAGUAGCAAGUGCCAUGGUCCUCCAGUGGUCUCCCAAACCGCUGGGGAGGAGGAAAAUCUGCAAGGCGUCAACGAUGCACCCUGGAAGAAAAACUAUGAAAAGAUUUGGGUGGAGAUUGAAAAACGAGAGACAAAGUCCCAGUACAGAAAUGUGGCUGCUGAGCUAAAGGAGAUGUUUGGUGAACUGACUCCAAACCAACCUGACAAUCCUGAUCCAGAAGGAGGUGCAGCAGAGGAAAAAGAGCAACAAGAGAAAGAGGAAGAGGCACCUUUUAGAUCCAGAUCAGAAGUGUUAAUUGAGGAAGAGGGGAAGGAAUGUGAGAAGGUGGAGAAUGACUCUGGUCCAACUCUAGAAGAAGAAGGCAGUGAGGAGGAAGGGGAGACUGUGAAGGAGCAUGUAAAAUGUGUGGCCAAGGCUGCUGCAGAGCAUGAGCCCAAGGCUGAUGAGGAAGACGUGGAAGUCCCAUCUAGCGCUGCAGCAGAGGAGCCCAGUGAACUUGAGUGUGAGUCAAAUGGGGCUGAAGUGGUGGUCAGAACUGCAGAAGAGGAGCCAAGUGGGGAGGAAGAGGAGAUGACAAAAGGGGCUCUAGCUUCUGCCAUCAAUGCUGAAGAGUCUGAGGUGGAGGAGGAGGAGGGAAAGGGAGAAGUUGAAGUCAGAGUCAGUUCUCCUGCAGAGGACUCCAGUGAGGAGGAGGAUGAUGAUGUAGUGAUCAUAAGGCCCGUAGCCAGAGCGAGAAGUAUCAUGCUCCAUUCCAUUCCUGAACAGAGGGAGUCCUCUGGGCAGGAAGACUCACAGUCUGAGGAGUUCCCUCACCCUCUACGACCCCCUAAGAAUCCAUCUAACCUCCAUACCAAGGAGGUCUGCGAGGAGGAAGACUCUAUCACAGCCCCAGUACAACACCUAGAGAUCAAUGUGCUGUCCCUGGACCAUCCCAGAAGCUGUACCAUUGAGGCAGAUUUGGAGGCAGAUCACACAAAUCAAAGUGAUGGGGAAAGGCCAGUCAAACCCAGCUCACAGCCCCACAGGGAUGAUGACCUUAUCCUAGCCAUAGGAGAGAGUAGAGAUAAUCCUAGCUCGACCAGGACAUCUCCAAGCCCAAGCACAUCAUUCACACAGAGCCCUGUGGAGUACCGGAGCAGACAAACUUCUGAGACCGAGAGGAAGAAUAGUGGGCCCUGCCAAGAGGAUCCCGAAGUGCCGCUCUCUCCCAGUUCACGGUGCCCCUCGACUCCCUCCGGCCUUUCAGAUGAAGAGCUGCAGGUGGACCUGCAAAGGUUCAAGUACAAGGCUUCUGAAGAGUUUAAAGGCAUGGUGGAGGACAAGGAUACUAGUAUCCUGAGGAAUCCUAUGAGGGGAUCAAGUACACACUCCGAACAUGACCUGGAAAAAGGGAAGAAAUUUAAAACCACCCCGGGAAACUUAAAACCUCAGCCAGAGGGACCAGCAGGAAGUCCUAGGGAGCACGAGUUUAAAAUAAGGGACAGUGUUGCACAAAAACUUCAAACUUCAACGACAAAAAGUCCAAGGAGCACCGGCAGGUCCCCAGCGCAGGAGGAGCAGCCUGGUGGAGUUGCCGAGGAGGAGCAGGAGGUCAAGGCUCUAGAUAGUCAGGGGAGCCUGCUGGCGCAUGCUAUGGAGCAGGCCAGGGCUCCGCAGCACACACCCCACCUUAAUGGAGACCACCUGUCUGUGUUUGAUGAUAGUACUUUAAGUGAGGUGUCGGAAGAUGAAGGAAGGUCACCAACUGCAGCACGGAACAUCAAGAGUGCCAGUGAAGUGGACAUGGCAGAUGACUUGGAUGACCUCACUCAGUCAUCAGACACACGCAGUGAGGAGCUAGACUCCCCCUCGUCAGGAUACCGCCAUGCAUCUUUGCUCAUCAAGCAAUUUGAUUCCACUUCUAUAGACUCUGUGAGCAUGGUGAAACUGCAGAACAUGUUUCAAGAGUACGAGCACACCAUCCACCGGGAACGCAGUCGGCACUGCCGGCUGGCCGACAAGAUGCGUCAGCUCGAGCAGGAGCGCACCGAACAUCGCCUUGUGCUGCAGGAGACCCGCGAGAGUCAGUCCAACCUGGCGCAUCUCAAAAUGGAGCUGGAGACAGACCUCAACAACCUCAGGUUUUUGCUGAAGCAGGAACAGGAGAAGCACCACAACGCCGCCAUGUUGUAUGAAAAGACUCGCGAGCAGCUGCGCCGCAAGGAGGAGCAGCAACGGCUGGAGGAGGAGCAGAGGCAGAAGGUGGAGCUCUCCAUCCGCAACCUGGAGCUGGAGAAACGAGCCCUCAUCAACAGCAUGAAACAGGUGGAGGAUGACAGGAACGAGUCCCAGAGGUUGCUGGCUCAGGAGCGAAGCGCCCGGGCUCUGCAGGAAGAGAUGCUCAACAGCCACCUCCGCAAGCAGCAGGAAAUUGAGGACGAGAACCGCAAGAACCUUGUCAAAAGCAAAGAGGUGUUGUCCCAGCUGACGGACGCCAGCGACCGGGAGAGGGAGCUGCUGCAGCAGGUGAGCGUGCUGCAGGAGGAGCUGCUGACACUGCGAGCGGAGCUGGAGCGCGACCGGGCCAGCAGCCGGCAGGAGGAAGGCCGUCUUUCGGACGAGAGCGAAGUGCUUCGCGAACGCCUGGAUGACGUGCGGCGCGACCUGAAGCUGAGCGAGGAGGCGCUGGCCCAGGCUGUCUUCCAGUACAACGGGCAGUUGAGCGCCCUGAAGGCGGAAUGCCAGGUGACGGGCGGGCGGAUGGAGCAGGAGCGGACCGCGCGGCAGCAGUUGGAGACCGAGGCGGAGUCCCUGCGGGUGCGUCUGGCCGGGGCGCUGCAGGAGGUGGAGCGGUGCCAGGGGGCACGGGCGGAGGCGGAGCGGGCACUGCAGCGGGAGCGGGAGGAGCGUCAGCGGACGCUGGAGAAACGCGCCGGCGAGACGGGCGCCCACCGGGACACGGUGCACGAGCUCUCGCAGAAGCUCAGCCAGGCAGAGGCGCGCGCCAACAGCCUGGAGAACGAGUGCCACCGCGCGACGCUCUCUCUCACCGAGAAGAGCCUGCUGCUGGAGACGGCGGCGCGGGAGCGCGAGCAGACGCUCCUCCGGCUCCGCGAGACCGAAGAGGCGCUACAGGCCGAGCGGGAGCAGGCCACACGGCUGGGGGCGCGGCAGGAGGCCACGCAGGAGAGGCUGGCACAGGCACAGAGCGAGGGGGCGCUGCUCCGACAGCAGUUCGAGGAGGUGCAGAACAAAGGUGUGGCCAAGGAGCGGGCCGUGACGGACGCGCAGGAGCGCUUCAGCGACAUCCUGGACAAGCUCCGCUCCGACUCUGAGGAGAGGGUGCAGCUGGUGGAGGAGAGGAGCAAGGAGCUAGCCACCAAGAAUGCGGAUCUGCGUGAUCAGAACCACAAGUUGGAGCAGGAGAAGGCAGACAGAGAGACAUCUCUAAGGCAGCUACAGCAGGAGUUGGCAGACUCAUUGAAGAAGCUGUCAAUGUGUGAGGCAUCACUAGAGGUCAACACCCGUUACCGUAGCGACUUAGAAGAGGAGAAGGCACGCACCAUAAAGGACAUGGACCGCCUCAAGACCAAGCUGCAGGAGAGCGAAGACCAGUAUGUGCAGGCCGAGCGGCGCAUUAACGGCCUGAAGGGCAGCCUGGACGAUAAGGAGCGCGAGGUCAUCGCCUCUGCCCAGAAACUCCAGGAGGUGCUGUCCGCCUCGGCCGCUUCGGAAAAGACCAUCACACAGCUGGAAGAGGCCAUGCAGAGGCUGGAGAUCGACAACGCCAGGCUGGAGGCGGCCGCCAAGCAGCAGUCCAAUCGCAUCGAGGUGCUACAGAAAGGAGCGCAAGAAGUUUCAGCGCCACCAGACUCUUCACCAGCAGGAGGGGUACGGUCUCGUUUGGAGGAUCUCGUUACAAACCUGCAGAGCAGCAAGAUGACCUUGGAGGAUCAGCUUAACCGUGAGGUGCAGAAGCAGAGUCUCCUGAGCCAUACUGCCCAGGACUCGCAGGCACUGUGGGAGGAGGAGCUGAAGAGCCGCUCACGUAUUGGCAUCCGGCUAGCGGAGCUGGAGAAGGAGAAGGGCGAGCUCAGCAGCCAGAUGGAGCUGGAGAAAAAGAAAGCGAAGAAGAUUUCUGAGCAAAAGAAGUCAGUCGACACCCGGCUGGACCAAGAGAUGAAGAGAAACACAGAACUGCAGAAAGAAAUGUACAGGCUGAGGACGCUGGUGAAGACUGCUAAGAAGAAGCUGAGAGAGCAGGACGGCGGAGAGCUGGGCUCCCCCCUCACAUCUCUCAGGGGGGACAUGGGCCAAAGGCAGUCAGAGACAGAGUCUGCCAUCAGCCGAAUGAAGGCCAAGGUGGACGAUCUUCAGCUGCAGCUGGAGAAGGAGGCAUCGCGCUGCACCCGGCUGGAGCAGGUGAACGGGGACCUGAAGGAGCAGCUGGCCGGGCUGAAGGGCCUGAGCCGCAGCCACGAGCGGCUGGAGCGCAGCAAGCGGCAGCUGGAGGAGGAGCUGUCCGGCCUGCGCCGGCAGAUGGAGAGCAGCGUCAUGGACCAAAGCCAGGCGGAGCAGUACCGCCGCGAGACGGAGGAACGCGCGCGCCAGGAGAUCCGGCACAAGCUGGAGGAGGUCAACCUUUUUCUGCAGACCCAGGCCGCCUCUCAGGAGGCUUUGGAGCAGAUCAAGGCCGCCAACGAGGCCAGCCAGCGGUCCCAGCUGGAUCAGCGCAUCAAGGAGCUGGAGCUGGAGCUGACCCGCACGCGCAGCACCCAGCAGGACAGCAUCACGCAGCGCGAGUCCAGCCGUGCCGAGCUCGAGCGCUACCGGCAGCUCUACGCCGACGAGCUGCGCCUGCGCAAGUCCCUGGCAGCCAAGCUGGACCGAUCUAAUGAGCGUCUGUCGGAGGCCAACACCAAGCUCCUGAGCGAGCGCCAGCGGAGCAAGUCCCUCAUCGCCAGCAGCAUCGUCAACGGCAGCCUGGGGGGCCCCUCGGUGGAGGUGGGCUCUCUGGCCUCGUUAGGGGCCUAUGGAGGCACUCUGGGGCCCCUCAACAGGAGCCUGGGGCUGGGGGGGAGCUUCCUAAGUUCAGUUCCAGAUCCCCAGAGCAAUCGAGUGGAAGCCUAUCUGGCCAAGAUGCAGAAUGAAUUGGAGAAAAACAUAUCAAAGGAGUUGGACCAUGCGAGCGCAGGGCUGGAUGGAGUCUCUUCACGCUUGUCCCCUGUUGGCUCAGCCUGUGGCUCCCAGAAGAGCCUGACAGCAGAUCAGGAUCCUGUGAGCAGAGCUACGCAGCAGUACCUGGAGGUGCUCAAGAAGAACUACAUGAUCUGACAUCCCUUUUGAGAUUCUUGUUUACACACACACACAGACACACACACACGAACCCAACACUAGACAAGGCCAAAGCCUAGCUGCCCCUUACCACUACAUUUCCUUUUAUACAUGUGUGGUUAUUUAUUUUGGCUUUUACAUAAGAGGACGAAAGGAUGAUGCACAUUGCACUUAAUAUUUUCAGGAGAAAAUGAUUAAAUGGAGUCGUCGUGUCUAGUGUAUUGUCUGUGAAGCCAUAUUUUAAAAACUGCUGUGGUAUGUGUGGAGUUGAACUCCAGUAGCUUUCGUAUGUUUUUAUUUCACCUGUAAUGGUUAUGGAUGGUCUUUUAAUCGGGUUGUCUAAAGUUUUGUUUGCUUUUUGUAGGAAAUAUGAGUAUUCAAAGUGUACUAUAAAUAUUAAGGCCAAGUUACCAAUCAUAUUUGGACUUGUUUUCUUAUGGUGCAAUGUAUUUUUUGCCUAGUGAGUUUGUUGCUUUUGUCAAGAACAAUCUGAAAACGCCUGUUUUUUUUUGUGUAAAAACAGAAGAUAUACUUGAAUGAGACAUAACUAGAUCAUCUAGUUACCCAGGGUACUAUAUGCUGUUACUGUAAGGAUAUAUAUAUAUACAUAUAUGGAAUAUAUUUAGACUAUAUAUUGAUGCAGAUUGAUCAAUAAACUGUAAUAAAUUCUGAGCAUUUCAGUAUUUUAGAGUGUGGAGUAUUAAGCCGUCCAAUAAAGGGGAACUUUCCAGAAA